AUGGAUCAGCCACAAGUCAUGUCUAAGAUACUAAUUUUUGUUUUCUUACUUAUAUUUACGGAUAGUUCAGUGUCAGAAUUACCUACUUUAUAUGAAUAUUUCACAAAAGACGGAAUCAUAACGGGAUUAAGUGAUAACCAUACUUAUUUUACGCUUAAUAAUAAAAACAUAACAAUAUUUAGCGGAGCCUUACACUAUUUUCGAGUGCCAAAAUUGUAUUGGAGAGAUAGAUUGAAGAAAUAUAGAGCAGCUGGUUUAAUAGCUGUGGAAACUUACGUGCCUUGGAAUCUUCACGAGUAUCAAAAUGGUCGUUUUGACUUUGGUUCUGAAGGGAGUGAUUUUGAGGAGUUUUUAAAUAUAGUCGAUUUUUUAACAUUAGCUAAAGAAGAAGAUUUGUUUGUUAUUUUACGUCCUGGUCCUUUCAUUGAUUCUGAGUGGGAUUUUGGGGGCUUGCCUAGCUGGUUACUGAGAUAUGAAGGAAUCAAAGUGAGAACGAGCGAUAGUGUUUAUAUAAAAUUUGUGGAAAGGUACUUUAAGAAGCUUCUUGAAUUGAUCAAACCGCUACAAUUCACUAAAGGUGGACCGAUAAUUGCACUACAAAUUGAAAAUGAAUAUGGGAACACAAACGAUCAUAUACAUCCAGUAGACAUCAACUAUCUCAAAAUUUUAAAACGAAUUUUACGUAAAAACGGAAUAGUCGAACUACUAUUUACUUCUGACACUCCCUCUAAUGGAUUUUCUGGUACCAUUCCGGGAGUUUUGGCCACAGCUAAUUUUCAAACACAACCAAUCAAAGAAUUGAGCCUUUUAAAGAAAUUUCAACCGAAUAAACCUUUAAUGGUGAUGGAAUAUUGGACGGGUUGGUUUGAUCAUUGGACAGAUAAGCACCAUACUAGAUCUGCUGAAGAAUUUGGAAUUGUUCUAGAGAAAAUAUUGAGUUACAAUGCUUCUGUAAACUUUUAUAUGUUCCAUGGAGGCACUAACUGGGGAUUUAUGAACGGUGCUGAACUAAAAAAUAAAUCUGUAUCAGAGAUUGACAAUAAAGGCUUCCAACCUAUAGUUACUACAUACGAUUACGAUGAACCUCUUUCAGAAGCAGGAGAUUACACAGAUAAAUAUUUUAAAGUGAAAGAAUUGAUUUCAACAUACAAUACCCUAAAAAUCAAGCAGCCUUCGAUGCCAGAGCUACACCGCCGUAUAAAAUACCCUCAGGUUGAAAUUAUUGGAGAAUUAUCACUAGAAGACAUUAUAAAUAAGAGUUUUCACUUGAACAUCGAUAAUUUAUUGUCCAUGGAAUUAUUACCAAUUAACAAUAACUCAGGACAAAGUCAUGGCUAUAUUAUUUACAGAAAAUCGAAUGUUUAUAUCCCAUCAAAUUCGACUUUACAAAUCGAGGGAAGAGUUUGUGAUACGGUGCUGGUGUUAAUAAACGGAAUAUUGAAGAAUAAAAUCCUGGAUUCGAAGGAAGAUCUUAUCAAUUUUGGUUUUUGGAAAAUGAAAGACUCUUUUCUUCAUCUUGGACCAGAGUCGUACCAUAAUGUUACCCUGGAUAUAAUAGUAGAAAAUUGGGGGAGAGUCAAUUACGGAUUUUUAGAACAAUUUAACCAGUUUAAAGGAUUAUGGCAAGGUAACGUGACUAUUAACAAAAAAAAUGUUCAUUUCAAUGAAAUUAUACCGUUAUAAUUCCAAAAGAAAUGGAUACAAAAAUUGCAAAAUUGGUAUAAACCUAAGUUCGGAGUGGGACCAAAAUUAUAUAGAGCUAUCAUAGAAAUUGAUGAUCCUAGUGAUACUUAUAUUGACAUGAGAGACUGGAAUAAAGGAAUUAUUAUUGUGAACGGCUUCGUAUUAGCAAGAUAUUUGAAACUGGGACCUCAAUUAAGUAGUUACUUUCCUGCUGCUCUUAUGCAUAAAGGACCAAAUGAAAUAUUAAUAUUUGAGCAUUUUGUACCUGCAAAAACGAUAAAAUUUGUAGAGAAUUUGAUUUUUAAGG